GUGCCGUUUAUCUCUUCCCAUCUUGGCGCCGUCUCCUCGCUUCAUCGUUGCAAGUUGCAGGUUUCUGGUUCACGACUCACGACUCUUACCGUUACUGCGACGAACUAGAAACGGAUACAGAUAAAUUGAACAUUUUUCGCUGGAAAAAUGCACCCUCCUUUGACAUUACACAGGCACCCGAUGUGUGCUGAGAUCAUCGAGCAGUUCCAAAAGUGUCAUUCAGACCACCCCAUAGCAAAAUUCUUUGGUGAAUGUACAGAACUCAAGAUAAAGCUUGAUCGCUGUUUCCGCCAGGAAAAAGCUUUGAAGAGGAAGGCCAACUUUGAACAGAGUAAGAAAUUGAAGGAAAGACUUCAGGCAUUAAGGAAGGAAACUGCUCAAAACGAGUCCUGAAAAAUAGGAUUGCUUUGGUCAGGCCAACAAGUUUUUGCAGUCCUGCAGAAAUCUGCUCCCUGGAUUUAUUCUGCCUUUGGUUUUGAUGCAACAGAAAAUUUUUAGUUCAGAUAUUUUGUUGUACAAGUUAAUAAUCAGUGUACAUUGCUUGAUUAUUCUGUUUAAUUGUGUUCAACAUGUAUCUUGAGAAUGAUUUAUUUACCCAAUAAAUACAUCAUUCCUUCUUUGUUAUAA